AUGAAGAUCCACCCUACAUCCAUAUUGCUUCUCCUUCUCCCCGCGCUAUCAGCUGCACUCACCGACACCGACUCGUACGCUUCCAGCAACUCUGCCAAAGAGUCACUAGAGAUUCCUGUUGAUGGUAAGGAUGGCAGACCACAUGCAGGCCCAUGGGUCGAGACCAGUGCAGACCGCGACCGCAAGAGCAGCCCCAAAGUGAGUGAUGACUACGAGCCAUCGUCCACGAAAUACAGUUCCAAGAUCCCGGCAUCGGAGCAUAUAAGCACAGAUGAUGGCGAGAUGAUUCCCCAUUCCAAUGGCGGCGUGAUGGACGACCCGCACCGUACCGGCCCUAAACAAGGCACUCGUGGCACGGAGGGUGGGGUGUCAGAAAAGGGGAAAGAGAGUUACAUGGCCUCGGAGAAAGUGCCCGGUGGGCCCAAAGAGGUGCCUCCGCUGCCAAAUUCUGAGAAACAAAAGCUCUCUUCCAGCAAUGAUGACACGACCGGUUCUGGUCGGACUGCCGACAUUCAUACUCUGGUUCCUCAUCCAGUGCUUCGUCCAGCUACGAUAAGGCUCCCUGUUGCCCCCUUGGAGAACGACGGCCUCCAUUCUCUUGUGUUCUCUUUCACCAUGAUCAUCGUCUCUGAAAUCGGCGACAAGACUUUCCUCGUGGCUGCGCUCAUGGCAAUGCGCCACCCUCGCCUGGUGGUCUUCUCAGCUGCCUUCUGUGCCUUGAUUGCGAUGACCGUCCUUUCUGCUGUUCUGGGCCACGCAGUUCCUCACUUGAUUCCCAAAUCAGUCACUAAGUUUAUGGCUGCAAUUUUGUUCUUAGUCUUUGGCGCCAAGAUGAUGAAGGAGGGUCGGGAGAUGUCGCCGGACGAAGGCGUCGGCGAAGAGAUGCGUGAAGUCGAACAAGAGUUAGAAGAGAAAGAGGCAGAGCAGAUUCGCCUCGGCCGUCGCCGCUCUUCAGUCACUCCGCAUUCCUGGAAGCCGGUCGUGCCGGUGGACGACCAAAGUCCCGCGGCUCCCAUAACCGUCUCCCAUCACCUCCCUCGAGUGUUUCGUCUUCCUCUUCCCGGGGAUCUUCUCCGAACCCUUCGCGUCGCUGGAACGACGCUUUGGUCGGAUCAGAUCGCCACCAUCGCCAUGGCUGCUGGUCAGGAUUACUGGUGGGUCACCAUUGGUGCAAUCACUGGCCACGGUAUCUGCACCGCUGCUGCUGUUCUUGGAGGUCGUGCGAUCGCCGGCCGUGUCAGCAUGCGUGUUGUUACCCUGGGUGGCGCUACAGCUUUCCUUAUCUUUGGCAUUAUCUACUUGAUAGAGGCUCUGUUUCAAUAA